AUGCGCAGCAAGUUCAAGGACGAGCAUCCCUUUGAGAAGCGCAAGGCCGAGGCCGAGCGCAUCCGCCAGAAGUAUGCCGAUCGCAUCCCGGUCAUCUGCGAAAAGGUCGAGAAAAGCGACAUCGCCACCAUCGACAAGAAAAAGUAUCUGGUCCCAUCCGACCUGACCGUCGGCCAGUUCGUCUACGUCAUCCGCAAGAGGAUUAAGCUCUCCCCCGAAAAGGCCAUAUUCAUCUUUGUCGAUGAGGUCUUGCCUCCCACUGCUGCUCUCAUGAGCAGCAUCUACGAGGAGCACAAGGAUGAGGACGGGUUCCUGUACAUCACCUACUCUGGGGAGAACACCUUUGGUAGCGCUUGA